GAGGGACGGGACUCAGCCAAUCGGAGCCGAGCAAGGCGGGGUUCGACUCCGGGAAGGGGCGGUCGCAGGGAAGUAAACCCCGCGGCUAGCGCAUCUUUCUGCCUUACUUGCUUCUGCAUCUGCCUUGCAUCUGCAUCGGUUCCUCCUCCUUUCUUCCAGUUGGGCGCACGCUGACUCAAAGGGUGACGAGGGACGCUUAUUCAGCUCGUCAUGGCCUACCCGGGAUACGGAGGAGGGUUUGGAAACUUUAGCGGUCAGAUGCCAGGAAUGCAGCUGCAGAUAGGACAACCAAUGCCAGGAACAGGGCCAGACCUGCUCCCCGGUGGAUACCCAGCGUAUUCUGACAGUUAUUCCUCAGCAGGAGACCCCAUGUGGACAUACUUCACUGCUGUUGCUGGACAGGAUGGUGAAGUGGAUGCUGAGGAACUUCAGAAAUGUUUGACACAGUCUGGAAUUAGUGGAACUUACUCACCCUUCAGUUUGGAAACCUGCAGAAUUAUGAUCGCCAUGUUGGAUAGAGAUUACACAGGAAAAAUGAGGUUUAGUGAAUUCAAAGAACUUUGGGCAGCUCUUAAUGCCUGGAAGCAAAACUUCAUGACUAUUGAUCAAGACCAAAGUGGCACAGUGGAACAUCAUGAAUUGAAUCAAGCCAUCGCUGCUAUGGGUUAUAGGUUGAGCCCUCAAACAUUAACUGCUAUUGUUAAACGGUACAGCAAGAAUGGCAGAAUCUUCUUUGAUGAUUAUGUGGCUUGCUGUGUGAAGCUUCGAGCACUGACAGAUUUGUUUAGGAGAAGAGACCACUUGCAACAAGGGGUUGUGAAUUUUGUAUAUGAUGAUUUUUUGCAGGGUACUAUGGCAAUUUGAAUGUCUAGAAUUUGAAAGCUGAAGAAAUACUGUGAAUUUUUUUUACUUGGAAGAUAUGAACUGGACUACUUUGAAUUUAAUGCUUUUUUGGCUUUUCCAUGUUUCUACCUUGUUAUAAGUCUGUCCUAUUUCUGUGUGUUUUUACUUUAGUGCAUAAUUUAAAGCAAUACAAGAAAUGUUUUUGUAUUUGGAAUAGUAGUGCUUUUAGGAAAGCUGUUCACUUAACAUAUCUUAGUAUCAUAAAACAUUGGUAUAUGAUGAAUUGAUGUAAAUACCUUUUAGCCUUAAUUUUCAACAUUGUAAAUCCAGAAGAAUGUAUUUACAAGAUAGAUUAUAUAAGAAGCCAAAUGUGAAAGCCUAGAUAAAGCUAAUGUAUACUUACCUGAAGGUUACAAAUUAUACAUUGAAUUUUUUUUCCUCGUUGUUGGUUUUGAAGGUGAACUAGAAGAAGUCUGGAUUUUGUGCCAUAUUUGUAGAAGGGUUUCUUUAUUCCUUGAUUGCAUAAUUUAAGAAGAGAAACUCACUGGUCUUUGCCUAUGAAGAAGAAAAUCGUAGUUCCUAAAAUUUUGUAUU